AUGUCAGAACUAUCAUCUACCAUGGAAUAUACUUUACCUGGCGUAUUACACUUUUUACAAGUCGAGUGGAGAAAGUUUGAACGUGAAAAAAAUGAAUGGGCUAUUGAAAGAGCAGAAUUAAAAGCUCGUAUUGCUUUAUUAGAAGGUGAAAGAAGAGGAAUGGAAAAUGUAAGAUUGGUAUUAAUGAAACGAGUUAAAAUGCUUGAAUAUGCUUUAAGACAAGAAAGAAAAAGACAUGAUGGCAUAACUAUGACAACAACAACAACAUUAGAAGACCAGCCUAAUGUCAAAGCUACUUCAUCAUCAUCGACUGUGGAUAAUAAACUAAAAGAAAAAAGUCGACAAGUAUUAAAAUCAUGUCUUCAAGAAAUUAAUUAUUUAACUUCAAUUCCAAGUCGACUUCCACUAACGAAUGCAUUAGCAACAAGAACAACAGCUGUAGGGAAAACUUCAACUAUGGAUAAUAGUCAUGAUACAGAUCCACCAGCUACAGGAACACGUUCUCAACGCAAUAACAAGCAACUCACUGUCAAAAAGCAAAAUAGUUAUUUUUCAAACCCAGUUCAAAAGAAACCAAUCAUAGAUCCAUUAAAAGACGAUUUAGAUAUGGAGGUGCCUGCAAAUGUGGAUGAGGUAGCCAUGAUUAAUAAUAUUAAGGAGGAAAAGGAACAAUAUUCUGCAUCACAGGAUAAUGAGUCUUUGUCAAUGCAAAUUCAAGAAAAAUUUCAUUUAUCAGAGGAGAAAGUAAUGAAAUUAAUGAAACACGCUAAUAAAAACGAUCGAAAUAAGUUACAGCAUAAUGAGCAUUUAUUAGCGGGAGAUUUUGACCCUAACCAAAUUGGGGACAUAAAUGAGCAACAACAAAAUCAACCAAAGAUUUGGAAACCUAGAAUAACGAUAAAAGGACAUUUAGAUUCAGUAAGAGCGGUAUGUUUUCACCCAAAGGAAAUGAUUGCUGCAUCUGGAUCAGACGAUGGUACUGUUAAAAUAUGGAACUUGCAAAGAGCUACUGGAAAGGAUGGAAUUGCGCCUAAAAAAGGAGCACUAGAAGAAGCGGAUCCAUGUAUUACAUUUAGAGGUCAUACGAAUGCGGUUACAGGAGUUUUGAUUUCAGAAUUACAGAAUAAAGUAUAUUCUGCAUCAUUAGAUUCUACAAUUCGUGUUUGGAAGUUACCAGCUGAGGAUCAUGGUUUAUUUUCACCUGUUGAUCCUUCAUUAAAUAUGGCGACCUAUAUCGGACAUACAGAUGCUAUUUGGGACUUUAAAUUUUCAUCAACAAAGUAUCAGAAAACUUUAUUAGCUUCUGCUUCAGCAGAUGGCACUAUUAAAAUUUGGGAUACAGAAUCAACUGGAAGUUUAUUAAAGAGUUCUUUGACAUUUGAUGGUAUAUUAACAGAGGAUACUGAACUAAAUAAAGUUGCACCUACAUCGCUUGACUAUUGUCAUACAGAUAUAAAUAAAUUGGUUGUAUCUUUUGUUAAUGCCAAGAUUAGAUUAUAUGAUAUUGAGACUGGACAAGUGAUUAUGACAUUUAAAGGAAGCGAUGACACAUAUGAUAAUACAGUGAAUACACAAAUCAAUAAAAUUAUCGCUUACCCAACUAUGCCAAUGAUUGUAACUGGACAUGAAGAUAGAUAUAUAAAAUUUUUUGACAUAAGAUCAGGAGAGUGUACAGAGACUGUAUCAGGUCAUUUAGAUGCAGUUACAAGUUUAGAUAUUGAUUCAACAAGCACACACAUGGUAUCAGGUGGUCAUGAUUCAUCUAUACGUUUAUGGGAUUUAUCAAAGAAAACAUGUGUACAAGAAUUUUCAGCACAUCGUAGAAAAGGUGAUGAAGGUGUAUUAAAUGUUAAAUUUCAUCCAACCUAUCCUUGGUUGAUUAGUGGAGGUGCUGAUGGGAUCGUGAAAAUAUAUCAUCACGGAUAUUAA